UCCGCUCCCGGGCGCGUCUCAUUACCAGCGAUAAGUUAUUUCAGCUCAAUAUCCAGUUAUUAAGUAAUGGCUUUUGUCGUUUUUCGGCGUUGGAGACUUUUUACAGACGCUGCUUUUAAGACAACAAAUGUUGGACAAACAUAUUUGGUACAUAAAAGCUACAGCACUUCAGGCGAAACAGAAAGCACCUCUACUGGAGGGAAUUUCUGUGCUGGUUACGAUCUGAAGGAGCUGGCCAAUCACACGGCUGCCCUCAAAUUGGAGCAAGAUGUCACCAAGAGUCCCGGUCCAAUGGGCCCGUCCCGCCUGCAGCUCUCCAAGCCCCUGAUAGCGGCGGUCAGCGGCUACGCGGUGGCGGGGGGUCUUGAGCUGGCCCUGCUCGCCGACCUGAGGGUGGUGGAGGAGAGUGCCAUCAUGGGGGUCUUCUGUCGCCGCUUCGGGGUUCCACUGAUCGACGGGGGUACGGUUCGACUCCCGCGUCUCAUCGGCCUGUCCCGGGCCCUGGACCUCAUCCUGACCGGCCGUCCAGUGGGGGCCCAGGAAGCGUUGGCCUUCGGGCUGGCUAACAGGGUGGUCCCCGACGAGCAAGGUCUGCAGGUAGCUCUAGAGUUGGCCGAGCAGAUCAGCUCGUUCCCUCAGUUGUGUCUCCGCGGCGACCGCGCCUCGGCCAUCUACAGCAGCUACGACGCACCCUCCUUCUCCAAGGCCAUGCAGUACGAGUUUGACCACGGCGUGCCUGUGGUCCAAUCAGAGGCUGUUGCCGGGGCGGCCCGGUUCAGCUCGGGAGCAGGAAGAGGAGGCAAAUUCUCCUAGAAGAUGGUUAUAGAUUGGUCAUGUGGACUAUUGACGUGGAUCAGGAACGAGGGGAAUAGUCGGAGCGUCAAGCUAAGACUUCAUGGAUAUGGAACCUUUUUGUUAUUUUUGCUGGAAAAAUGAAGUAUUGUGACCGAAACUGUGCUCCGCAACAAGAGGUAUGCCCGUCACCCAUCUGGGAAGAGAGACAGCCCUUCUUCAUCAACACACUUUUCAAAUCCGAUUGUCAAUAUUAUUUGCACCUUGUAUGGGGUAUGCUUGGUAAACCACACACUACUAAACACAAGCUUAAUAAUAAACGAUUAUUAAAAAAUUUACCGGAGACAUGAUUUUUCAAUAAAUCGUUAAAGUCCAUGUGUGUACAUUGAACGGUGUUCAACACAUUGCAAACAGAAACACAUGUUGCUUUAAUUUGAUCCAUAUCAGUCCUGCUGCAGUCGGCCUGUUCCGUCUGGACGGGGUUCCCCUAGGGAGAAAAGAAUGAAAACAAAAAAACAAUGGACAAGCGAAACGAUCGGGCAAUCUGCUUCAAGGCAGAAGACCUGAGAGGAAUUGUUCUUUUAUUGAUCAUCUGCACUGCGUUUCCUGUUCUAAGUAAACAACCGUUUAGAAGAAAAUGAACCGAGUCAGAGUUUGAAAAAGUCAACGGGAAGAAGCUGUGGAAGUCAUGCUUUCAAGAUAUAUCCAACGUGGAAAACAUUUUAAAACAUAAUGGCAAACACAAAGUCUGCACUAGUAUGUAAAGAACCGUUUUGGGGCAUUUUGAU